AUGAAAGAUGGCGUUAUCAUCGUCAACACAGCCCGAGGUGCUGUUAUUGACGAGGAUGCACUGGCUGAGGCGCUGGAUUCAGGGAAAGUUGCGUCUGUUGGUCUGGAUGUUUACGAGCAUGAACCUCAAAUCAAUGACCGUCUUUUGAAGAACGAGAGGGCUCUUCUUGUGCCGCAUUUGGGAACACAUACAGUAGAGACUCUGACUAAGAUGGAAGUUUGUGCUAUGGAGAAUGCGCGACGGGCUGUUUUGGGGGAGCCUCUUCUUACACCUGUUCCAGAGCACGCUGGGCUCCAACCUACAAUCUCUUGA